AUGCGGACGCGCGCCUGCGUGCGGCGGCGGUGGUGGUGGUGGUGGUGCGGCUGGGCAGCCUUCGUGGCGUGCGCGGAAGACGCGUGCCCGCCGGCGUGCGCGUGCACCCGGGACUCCGGCACGGUGAGCUGCGGCCGCGACAGCGCAGCGUCGGGUGCGCCGGCGCGCGUCCCGGCGUGGACGUCCACGCUGAUCCUGCACGGCAGGAACGUGACGACGCUGCGGCGCGGUGCGUUCACGGCCAACGGCAGCGCGUUGGACGCGGCGGGCACGCUGUCUCUCUCCGCCAACAUGAUCAGCGCGGUCCAGUCGGACGCCUUCGCGGGAUUCCCGCACCUGCGCGUGCUCGACCUGAGCCACAACCGCGUGGAGCGCAUGUCCGACGGUGCGUUCAAGGGCCUGUGGGAACUCCGCACUCUAUGUCUCAACGAGUCCAUCGUGCCCGAGGCGGCCUCGCAGCUCUCGGCCGCGCUCGCCGCCGGCGACCUGCGCAGCCUCCACCGGCUGGAGCUGGCGGGGAACCGGCUCAGGAGCGUCCCCCUGACCGGGCUGGACGCGUUCAGGCACCUGCACCAGCUGGUUCUGGUCAACAACUCCAUCCAGAGUCUGGGCCGGGAGAACACGAGCAGCCUGGAGCAACACAGGCGCGUCCGGGUCUACCUGGCGCAGAACCCGUUCCGCUGCACGUGCGAGCUAGAGGUGUUCUACUGGUGGCUGAAGAACGGCUCGCAGUGCGCCGACGCCUCGCUGCUGCGCUGCGCCGAACCCGAGGCCCGGCGCGGGGUCCCGGUGGAGCGGCUGCGCGCCGAAGACGUGGACUGUCUGAACGAGAACCUGGAGGCGGUCUCCUACGUGUUCCUGGGCAUUGUGCUGGCCCUGAUCGGACUGGUGUUCCUCAUGGUACUGUACCUGAACCGGGGCGGUAUCAAGCGCUGGGUCACAAACAUCCGCGAGGCCUGCCGGGACCAGAUGGAGAUCUACCACUACCGCUACGAGCAGGACUCGGACCCGCGGCUCGCCAAUGUGGCCGUCUGACUGCCAAAACCGCAAAAACCUUCUCGCACAGCCAAAGACUGAAGACUGACAGUCUUCACUAAUACUUUAUACUACUGUACUAUCAUUUCUGGCCAUGAAAUGCGUAUACUGUAACAUGCAAACAAAAUACUAAAUUGGGGUCACAAAAUGACAAUAAUGUGUGCAUGAAAUGCUAAUUGUGACCAUAAAAUAGGUACAACAUGCUAACAAUACAAAUUAUCUCCACAAAAGACUAAAUUGUGGCAACAAAAUACUAAUUUAAACCCACAAAAUACAGUGCAGCUAAUGUUCGGAUUUAGUGCAAUGCAGAUUGUUUCCCCCCCCCCCCAUACUCAUAUCACACAUAUGCUGCCAUAUAAUGAAAUUGAGUAGAUGUUGUGAUUUUUAACGGUAAAAUAAACGCUUCCUAGCCUAAACAAAACUGUAAAAAAAAAGAAUAGAAAUACUUAAAACAUAAGGAAUAAAAUGUACAUAGUGUACUACUGUAUGUUAAAGAGAUUAAAAGGUAAGAAUACAAAAAGUGUUUACAAGAGGAUGGUAUGGGUUAGGAGUGGGCAAGAUUAAUUUAUCUGGGGAGGUUCAUAAUGGCUAUAAAAUUUGUAUAAAGUUUUUUAAAAAUGUGGUCGCUACUUCCACAUUUCACCUAUUGCGGGGUGGUGUGGCACCUAGCCCCCGGGAUAAACGAGAUUACAGUACUAAAUCUUGGUCACAAUAUACCAGUUUGGGGCCACAAAAUGGGUUUAACGUCCGUUCGAAAUAAUUGUGGCCACAAAAUAUGAAGUUCUGGCUUCAAAUUUAUAUUUUGUGGCCACAAUAUACUCAUUUGUGGUCACACAAUUGGUACGGCGUGCGUAGGAAAUGCAAUUGUGGUCACAAAACUGUCAUUUAAGGCCACAAUAUAACAAAUAAUGGUGACAGACCAUUUUGAGGGCACAAAACAGGUAAAACGGGCGAAUGAAAUACACAUUUUUAGUUAUGAAACAGGCAUCACAUUGUGCACAAAAUUGUAAUUUGUGGCCACAAUAUAAAUUUUUGAGGGCAAAUAAAUAUUACAUGCUCACAGAAUACUUAUUUGUGGCCACAAAAUGGUGCCAAUAAUACGACAAAUUGAGGCCGCAAAAAUAUAGCCAUGAACAACUUGGAGGUCCGGGUCAGCAAAUGGAGCAUAACAAACGGCAAUGUUCAAAGAAGGUGCACUUGAUUUGCUGACCCAGCAGCAGUCGAGGAAUGAUGAUGAUAUGCGCACGGAAUACGAUUUAUUACUCGCGACGCUGCCUAAUGGCAGAUUUUUUUUAUUUUAUUUUGCAACCUAUCCUCCAUUAUUUGCUCAAAACUAAUUUGCCUAUUCACUGACUUUGGGUUCAGGCCGAAGAAUUCUAAAGUAUUGCUUUGACGCAAUAUUGUGGCAUACUGGUGCCAAGGAACUAUGUUGAAGCGAGGGGAGGAGCUUCAUUCCGGUUGCUUGCGGGAGGGCUCUGUCCUGGGUUGCACUGUUCCUAAUUCAUUGGCACGAAUUAGUGUUUUGUGGCCACAAAUUAGCAUUUUGUGUGCACGUUAAUAAAUCUGUCUAAUGUAGCUGCAAUUAAGCCCCUCCCACUCCUCCCGUGACGUGUAUUCAUAAUAAUAAUAACCUUGCUUUGUCAGGCUUUGUCUGUAGCACAGAAGCUGAGAUGUAGGUGGCAAAUAUAUUUAAGAUCAAAAGCCAACAAAUCCAUCACGUUUGUACAGCCUGCCUUACAACAUCAACAAUUAUGAACAUGGCAAUAGUUAUGCUUUCAAGAGAGAAACAAUUAGCAUGUGACAAAAAAAGAAAACAAGACAAGUGGACUUUUACUCCCGCAUGCUCGUUUGUAAAUAUGCUUUGUAAAUAUGCCAUUAAAGUGAUGUUCGAGUCAAAAAUCGACCUUAACGAGAUGAUCGAGUACAAGAUUUUGCAGUGUCCACAUCACGGGCGUUUUCACAUUCAAAUUCAAUGGGAACUCAGUGUUAGCAUUAGCCGCUUAGCAUAACCCCUUUUUACUGGU